UUGUCUUCCAAAUACAGACACCAAAAGAACAAACUGUCCUGCUUUAGCUGCUCACAGCCAUAAAGUCUACUGAGACCAAACAGCAGUUGCCUGGGAACAAAAGAAAACAAAUCCCAUGUCUGGCCAAGUGAGUCCAGGCAACAUGUAACCUCUUUCCUGCUCUAACUACAACAAUCUGGCUAGUUUUUAAGUCUCAGGCUGGAGAAAGAGAUAGUCAGGUGACCCUCAAACUGCAGAACGUGUUUGGAGUCUUAUUCCCUUUUGCCUCUUUCCUGGGACUCAGUGUACUGGAUCCAAGGAAGUGGACUCAUUAAUGCUGCUGGCUGGACUGUGUUGGGUAACAUAAUCUUGCAGACAGGUUCCACUGUCAACUCCUGUGUCACAGCGGCUUACUGAAUAGUGUUAACUACAGCCUCCGUCACUGUCCCGUGUCCCCCUGCAGCAGAAUGGCCAAGGGAAAGAAAACCAGACAGGCUAAAAGUAAGACAAUCACCUUGAAAAUGGCUCAGAACUGCGUGGAGUUGUCAUUGGACGGUAAACGUUGUCUGGAUCUCAGUUUCAAGGAGAUCACCACGGUGCCAAGGUGCAUCCAGAAGCUGUGCGAAAUGGACGAACUGGACAUGAGCAGGAACCUGAUCAGAAAGCUCCCAGACUUUAUUGACAAUUUCAUCAACAUCUGUGUCUUAGAUCUGCACAGCAACUAUCUGGAGGAGCUCCCUGUGACUAUCGGCCGUCUCCAGAACCUGCUGGUUUUGAACCUGUGUAACAACCGUCUGACAAGCCUCCCCAGCGAGCUCGGCCUGCUGAAGAAACUCCACACGCUCAACCUGGGCCUCAACCAGCUGGACGCUCUGCCCGGCUCCAUCGGUGCGCUGAAGGAGCUCCGCCACAUCGGCCUCUCUGACAACCGGUUCACCCGCGUCCCUGGCUGCCUCUCGAAGCUGAACAAGCUGGAAAGGGUCAACCUGGACAGGAACCCCAUCUUCGCCAAGCAGGACCCCAGCCAAGAGUCACUCAGGAUAACAGAGAGGCUUUACCUGGUCAAGGAGAGCAUCCUGUGUGAAGACUGCCUGAAUAAGUGCCAAACCGAGAGGAAGAAGCUGGAGGAUAUGGCAAGAAGCCCAAAUUACUAGAUUUACCCAACUUGGUGACCCGGGAAGACAGGGAGAUGUAGAGAUUGGUUUCACUUUAAAAAGCACAUUCACACAAGGAAAUUUCAAAUCAUUCUUAGUCCUUUUAUAUUACCUCACUGUAAAUUCAAGCAUAUGAGAUUAUUUCAUGCUGAACUGUACCCUCAACUGUAAAGUGAUUUCAACUUGCACUAUGGCACCAUCUGCUGUUUGGAAACGUACAGUAAGGAGCCUAAUUAAACAUCCACUGGAUGUACACAAUGCACUAGCAUAGUUACAGACGGGCUUUUAUGGGGCUGCUAUCGAUUGAAUGCUUUGGUCAAAGACCCUUCAGAGAUAAGGAUGCUUGUGAACACAUUUUGUAACUCUUGUUUUCUGGUUCAACUGCAUUUUUAACCAACAGGACAUCUUAACCUUCUCAAGUUUUUCAAAAUAAAGUUUCACAUUGUUAAAAUAAAUUAGCUUAAUAUCCAAUGGGCCUAUUUGAUGACAGAAACCUAAUAUGGUUUCACUUUUGUGAUUUUCUCACUUAUGGUUUAUGGUAGUGUAAAAAUACAAUUGUAUACAGUUGUAUAAUUGUGACCCAGAUGCAGGUUUUAACUGCAUGAAAAUGAACAGAGGAAAAUGUACAGUAAAUACAAUGUGCUGUACUGCAUGUGUUGGCACUCUCUUGGGCCUAGAGGGCAGCACAGACUACCAGAGGUCACGAAUACUCACUGAGUACCAGCCCCUUUCUACACCUUUCUGUCAUUGAUUCUGAAUGUUUUAACAGGCAAUAAAUUAUGUGACUUCAAUUCCAGUAAAGGUAUUCUGUCAAUACAUUGUAGGCACCAACAAGGAUGUUGAAAAAAAGGCAGUGCUGAUUUCUGCACAUCAUCAAAUCUUCACUGUAUGAAAUGAAGUAUAUUAACUUAGUCACAGCAAUGUGAUGCUGAGUUUAAAGUGUAAGCAUCAUUUAGUCAUUAUGAUCCUAAAUGAUAAAAUGUUUUGUUAUAUCACUCCUUUAUAUAACCACAAAUCCAAAUGUUGGUUAUUUUCUUGUUUAAAUUUAAAUAGUAGGAUAAAUUGUACCACUAUGAGCUUUUGAAUACAUUUAAAAUUACACUGCAAUCACACUGAAAACCAGGCUGUCAGCUGCUCCUGCUAAGCUGACAUGUGGGAGAUAUGAGGUUCUUUCAUUAUAUCAUUCAUUGAACAUUUUUCAAUCACUGCAGUCCACACUUCCAACACAGCUUAUAUUACCUAUCCCCUUGUCAACUGAUGGUCUACCAAUACUUUCAACAACUUUUUAAUACACGCAUACACAACUAAUGACUCAAGACUCAACAAAACAUUACACAUUAAGUUCAUAUUGUCCUAUUUUUUUGUCUCUAUACAUUUGCUUAAAUUAAAUAAUAGUUUAAUAACAUUUAAAAUCAUUCCCCAACAGUGACGAUGCUUUCAGCUUUUAUUUAAAGCUGCAAUAAUCACUAUUUUUAUAUUAACAAUGGAUCAAAUGCCUACAUGUAAUGUGAAAAGGAUCGCUUGCUUGUAAUCCCACAGAGAAUUGUCACCCGACUCUGCAUUUCCCCUCAGCUCUACUGAACAUUUUAGCGUCUUUAAGCUCAUUGUUUUGGUUUAACUGCCCUCAAUUUACUGUUUUGGUUCACCCUUACUACUCUCAUCAGUGUCACAGUCAGAAGCUAUUUUCUAGAUGUAACAAUAAACAACUGUUUGCAAACAA